AGGAAGUUUUGUUUCUUUGAUAAUAAAAUUGUUUAUAACAGGACGUUGUGAUGUUAAAUGCUCUAAGUUCCACUUAGAGAGAAUCGUCUGUUUUAGAGAGUUAUAUAGUUCUAAGAAUUUAUAGUGAAGUGAGUUUACUUCAAAAGUGUGAGUAAGGCCAUGGGCCCAAUCGCAAAAAUUCGUCCAGAAAUAACAUCGGCAUGCGUCCACUGAGGAACCAGCUGAAUUUUAACAGGGCAAUCUGGAAGAUAAACAAAAGACUUUGAGAGACGUUAACGUUUAAGAUGUUCUGUUACUGUCUUCAUUGAAAUAAAUUAUUCUAAUUUAUUAAAGCAUGCUCAUAUAGUUUUGGCGACAGCAAUGGGCAUGUUUGACUUUUCUGGAGUAAUGUAAUCAUUAUGAUAGUACUCCAUAUCUAAAUAGAUAGAACUGUAUUUUGUUGAGCUAUUACUACCUGGAGUGAUGUUAUCACCAUUACCGUUAAAGAACAAUUAAAGACGGCAACCUAAAAUGUUGUAGUACGGUAUGCCGAUCAAGUUGCCUUGUAUAAAAACACCAAUCUUAUUAGCAAACAAAGAUGUUUUAAAAAUUUGCAAGACUAUUGAGUUAGCGAGGAAAUUUUGUUCAUCUUUUAACGAGUUGUUAAAAACAAGACGUAGGGAUGUUGAAUGCAGGUGUUGCUCUAACUUUCAAACUACUGUAACAUGGCUGAGAUAAAUCAAGAUAUGGAGAUUCGUAUUUACACUAAAUGGAUAAAUUCAAAGCUUGGAAAGGAGCAUACUCCGGUAAAGAAUUUAAUCGAAGACUUGCAAGAUGGUCUUGUUUUGAUUUCACUCCUCGAAGUAUUGUUAAACAAAAAAAUUAAUUCAGACGUACCAAAAUCAGAGAUCGAUAAACGCUUAAAUAUCCAAAAAGUUCUGGAAUUGUUAGAAAAAAAAGGGUUAAAAUUACCAACAAUAAAUACCCAACAUAUUGUUAAUGGUAACAAUAGCCAAAUUCUAGCCCUGGUCUGGGAGAUUAUAUUGCACUUUCAGAUUUGUGGAGUUGUACCGGAUGAACAAGGAAAAACCACAAAACCUAAAAAUACGUUUUUGGCAUCAAAAUCUCGUUUGAGUCAGGUCAAGGUUGAAGAACGUUUGAAGAAAUGGAUGCAGAAUGUGCUUCAAGGUGAGUCGGAAUUCAUAACGGUUGAUGAUCUUGAAAGGAGCUGGUAUGAUGGUUGGGCAUUUGUGUAUCUUCUAUACGUUUUUCGUCCAAGUUCUGUUGACAUAAACAAAGCAAAGGAAAUGUCUGUUGAAGAGAGACUGGAGUACUUGUUUCAUGUCGCAGAGAAAAAAUUCGGUGUUCCUAGCUUGCUGGAUCCUUUAGAUGUUGAAGAAGGCAAUGUUGAUAAAGAACGAAUGUUGAUAUAUUUUUCUUCAUUAUACGAAGUCUUGAGAAAUAUUAAAAUAAUAAAGAUGAAUGAAGAUAUAGAGAUUUGUAUUUACACUAAAUGGAUAAAUUCAAAGCUUGGAAAGGAGCAUAUUCCGGUAAAGAAUUUAAUCGAAGACUUGCAAGAUGGUCUUGUUUUGAUUUCACUCCUCGAAGUAUUGUUAAACAAAAAAAUUAAUGCAGAAGAACCAAAAUUAAAAAUCCAUAAACUCGAAAAUGUCAAAAAGGUUCUGGAGUUGUUAAAAGAAAACGGGUUGCCCCUUACGAUGAAAAAUGAAGAAAUUGUUGAAGGAAACGAUACGCAAAUUUUAGCUCUAUUAUGGGAGAUUAUAUUGCACUUUCAGAUUUAUAGUGUUGUGCAAGAUGAACCAAGCACAGCUAUGAAACUUAAAGAUACAUCAUCAAAAACAAAACCUCUUUUAAGUCAGGUUGAACAACAUUUAAUAAAAUGGAUGCAGAAUGUUCUUCAAGGAAUGUCUGACUUCAUCAUGGUUGAUGAUCUUGAAAGCAGCUGGCAAGAUGGUUUAGCAUUUGUUUUUCUUCUAUAUGUUUUUCGUCCAUCGUCUGUUGACUUACGCAAAGCACUAAAAAUGUCCGCUCAGGAGAAGCUGAUGUACUCAUUUAGUGUGGCAGAGGAGGAAUUUGGGGUUCCUUGCUUGUUGGAUCCUUUAGAUGUUAAAGAAGGCGAAGUUGAUAAAGAAGGAAUGCUGAUAUAUUUUUCUUCAUUAUACGAAGUCUUGAGAAAUCAUGAAGUAAAAAUAAGGUCCAAUAAUGAAAAGACAAGCCAUCUUCUGUAUUUAAGUGCUGCCGUCGUUUGUUUUAUUGUUUUCGUUUGUGUCAAUGCUAAAGUGUCUAAGUAGCACACAAAGCCCUUGUAUUGUUAAAUUCCAUAAAACGAAAAGAAAGACAGUUUACUUUCAAAUUUGAAUGUUGAAUUUGAAAAGGAAGACAGUAUAUUUUGAAAGUUGAAAGGUGUAAAUCUCAACAAUCAAAGAAUUUUAUUUGCUUUUAUUAAAGAGUUUAAGAUCUAAUUAAAAUGUACUCAUGUUU